CACUGUCUAUGUGACGUGACGUGACGCAGUGGUGAAGCAAGCUGUGCUGUAAAUAGUCCACCUGAAAGUUAAAGCCAUUCCACUUAAUCAAAGCAUAUUGCAUAACAGCAGUUAGGUAGGCACUAUUCAUGUACAGUGACAAACAGGCAGCAAGUGAAGUGAGUCAAGUGACCUUCACUUUAUAAUCCAGAUAUUCGGUGGAGCUUGGUUACAUUUUGCUCGUGUAUCCUAUGUUAGCUGUGGUAUUGUUCAAAUACUACUGAAGCGAGAACAAUCCAUUCAGUGGGCUUAAGGUAUCGUGUGCUCCAUAAAUAACUUCCAGCAGGACCCUCGGUAUGCUCUGGCACCAAAACAGAAAGGCUGGCUUGUCUUUUCUUUUUAUGAUCUGAGCCUUUGGCAUUAGCAGUGCCAAGUGAUAUUCAGUGUGAGUGUGCAAUCUAACAGUCAACUUGCAAGUCCUGCAUUAGCCUGAUUUUAUCAGAGUCUAGACUUUGAACAGUGUUCUUUCCGCUGCACCUAUCGUGAGGUAAAGGCAUCCUUUAUCUGCGUUUUAUUAGAGAUUUUGCCUUACUGCUGGCUACAUUUGACUGUCUGUGAACUACUUGUGGAUAUGAAUUAUGCUUGUGGCGGAAAUUUGCUUUCUCACACCUUACUGUCAAUGAAACACAUCUUGUGUACUCAGUAGUUGAACCCGUGAGAUGAAGCAAAGAUGGCUGAAGGUGGAACCGGCCAGUCAGAAACAGGCUCGGAAUUGAAUGAGCCAGUCACUGACUGCGACAAUACCAGGUGCAGUGAUGGUACACUGGUCUCGUUCGACAGCUUUGAAAAGUCAGACAUGUUGCCAGACCACAGAGGCUGGUUGACAGAAAGCAGGACAAAGAAACAGUUUUGGUGUGUCGCAGCCAGUAACAUGCUGGGAUUGUUUGAUUCACCCGAAGGUGAUGAACUAAAGAAAGUGUUGACACUGAGUGAUUUUCACUUUGAAGCGUUGAUCAAAGAUUGCGACAUCCAAGAAGACUGUGAUUCUGAGGGCUGUGCCUCCAAUACCAGGAGAUCAAGCUGUCCACUAACGAGCAAGGAAUUCACCUUGGAAUUGACACCAGUUUCAGGAGAUAGAAUUUUCUCCUUCGCUGUCCCGACAGAGAAGGAGUUCUCAUCAUGGAGCCAAGUUCUUCACAGUUCUACUGAGAAAACCUCAAUGCCACACAAGCAGGGGAUGGCUAGACAGAAGAAAAUCAGUUUUGAGGAGAAUCGGAGAGUGGACAGUGGGCUGGGUGAUGACUUGGAUACGUGUGCAUCCAGAUUACUCAAGAGGGAAGGCAGCAACUCAACUGGUAGUACUCCCAGAAUUCCAAAACAGAUGAGUGUUGAGAGUGAUGGAGAAUUUGAGAACAGAACUGAGCUCGUGCUUAGCAGAGGAAGCUCGUUUAUGUCCUCACUGGCGACAAAUGAUGAUCUCACUGACUCACACUCCAUCAGCGACAGCAUGUCUGGUGACAACAACAGCACAGUCAACCUCUCAGAAAUUGAAUUUGCGGACUCAGAGAUGAGGGAGAGGCGCUCACUCAGUGACAGUGUUUUUUUAGGAGGGUCUCAAGAACUGGAUGCCAGUAUCUGGGCAGAGUCUAAGGAUUCAGACUGUCUUGUCAGCGAUGGAGACUCAGCUCCAACCUCUCCCCGUCCACCCACAGCGUCAAGCGUGAGCUCCACUGGGGAUGUAACCGAAGGACUUCGCUUGGAUCAGAGCAGGACUGUCAUCAGCAAAGUGUCCAAGUUGGUGCAGCGUGCAUUGAUCCGCCGGCCACGGGUCACAUCAGGUUUGACCUUGGGUCACCUCCCUGAGCCCAGAAUGUCGGGACCGAUGCGUAAAAAAGGCAAGACACGCUGGUUUGUUUUGAGUGAUUCAUGUUUGUACUGCUUCAAGAACAACUCACCCGAAGCCGAGGCAGAGGCUAUCAUCGACCUGUCCUCAUACUCGGUUGCCUUGGCAACAGAACAGAAAGAGGAUGGGCAAUCCAUUGGUCUGCUGAAACUCACCCAUUCCUCUGGGAAGAAGGUGCUGUUUUCUAUCAACAACAUGGACACAGCUCAACAGUGGUUGGAUUAUCUUGAGGAGGCAAUCCAACAAGCAAGUUCAAGCAGAGCCUCAAGAUCAGACAGUCAAAAAUCAACAUCUUCUAAUCCAGAUUCCCAAGGUCAUGGCUCCCUGUUGAGUAGACUCUCUCGGGAGAGCUUUGAGGAGAGUUAUGGAUACUUUGAAAGGCAGAGUUCUCUCAGAGCCCAGAGGGAUGCUGUUCACAAUGCAAUUACCGAAUUGGAAAAGGCAGAAAAACAGGGUUCCAGCUCUGGAAGUUGUGCUUCAAUUGAGGAAAAACCAAAAUCAUAUUCAUUCUCAGAUGCUGUAAGUUCAUUGGUGCUCGAGAGUGCCUCACCGUCAUCGGCAACCACCUGGCAGUCCUCUGACGAUCUGGACCUGACGCACAAAAAGACCAACCCCGCCCUCCGUAUGGUCAAACGCUCUGUCCAAUUGUCACCGAAGUCUAAACGGAGUAUGCAACAGAUGCCCAUACCUGCGUCUGACGUCGUGGAUCCAACAUUAUCUGGGAAUCUUCAUGUGUUUUUAAAGAACAAGGGAACUUGGAAAACGUCUUGGGCUGUCCUGAAAGACGAUUGGCUCUAUUUUUACAAGAAACCCACAGAUACAACAACUUCUGACAUCGUUGAGCUGCCAAACUACAGCAUUCAACGAGAACACUCUGUGGAUGACGGAACUCCACUUGUCAGCCAAAAAUUUAUGUUCAGCAUUCUGCAUAAAGACGGGUCUAAGCGUACAAUCAUGAUGGGUGAAACGGAGAAAGAGACAAGAGCCUGGAUGGAGAAGUUGAAAGGUCACUCUAAGAAGCACAGCAAGACACUGGAUGGUCUAAAUUUAGAGAGUGGUUUGUCUUCACACCAGCUAGCACCAUUAGAUUUGAGUGGAAAGCAGCACACUAGCCAGAACCAGGCAGAGCUUCACAAGAAGAGACUACUGCUGGAAGUCCUCCAACAGAAUCAGCUGUCCAAGAUUGAACAGGGGGCACCAGACAAUCUAGAGGGAUCGUCAGAGAAGGACGAUCCACAACUUGCCAAGAAAAAAGCCGAGAUUCUUGCCAAGUACCAGAAGGCUAACGACGAGGAAGAGGAGGAAUUAGUCAGGUAUCUGACUAUCCAGAAUAGACGACGGAUGUCAGCACAGGUCAAGAAGGACAAUCUUGAGAAAACCAUUGGAUACAAGACCAAGAGAAGGGUGGAGAGGCUUGGCAGUGUAGAGGAAUCGGCUAUGGAGGAUCAGAUCCGAAUCUUGAAUGCCCGGCUAGCGAGCAUCAGGGCUGACAUAGAAGCCAAGAGCACGCAGAAGACUAAUCGCCUCCAAGCUCUGAAGGAGAAGAAGGAGGUGGAGCUGCAGCUGCUGGAGCAGCAGGAGAGGUUGUCACGCUAUCGACGACUUGCUCAGGACGCACUGCAGGGUGGUGUAGAUUUUCACAGAGCCCUAGCAGGGCUGGAGGAAGAGAGCUCGACAGAUGUUGGGUGCGCAGCACUGGGUGUAGACAAGAGUUCCAGAGAAUCUCCCAAGGAGCAGUCAGCAGUUGAAGCCGAUGAGACUGAUAGCUCAUCAAUGCCAGAAAGGCAUCCUGAGACAGUUUUGGCCUUGCCAAGGGCCACGGCUGAAACUUCACCACCCAGAUCCCCCAAAACUCGGUCAAGGAGACUGUUGCCCAGUCUGCCCUACAGAAAGGGAGAGAAGCCAACUACAUCAACAGAAUCCAAGGAAUAUUAUCAGUCUGACAGUAAUCCUGUAGAUGAAAAACGUCUCCGGUCGCAAACAGCGGCUGACUCGUGCCAAAGAACAGAUGCCCCCUCUGAGAAAAAGUCCAGUCCGUUGGCCCGGCUGCGAAAAAUUAGCCUCGGCUCAAAAAUGGCACCGGACCCAACUCAGAUCGGGAAAGAGUCCAAGAAUCGUAAGAUAAGCACAGGGAUGAAAUCGUCUGCAUCAUUUGAUGAGGGACUGAGUGUAGGAAAACUUCUGCCAACCUUGAAACAAUCUUCAUCAAGCACAGACCUGAGUGUUUCCGCUUCAAGAGAAAGUCCAUCCCCGAGGCGAGUGGGUGGUCACGAAGGAAAGGAGACCAGCACACCAAGCCCGCACAGACGUCGUAAAAUCAGUGUUCCUAUCAAAAUGCCAUCGAUGGACAACUUGUUCUCUUCUUCACCCUCCAAAAAGGAGAGAGAGCGGAAGGCGAGUACCAGCAAUACCCCAAAACUGGACAAUGGAGCAGUGUCUAAAACCAGUGCCAGUGCUGACAGAGCUCCAAUUUCUUCGCCAAGCGACUCGACAGAUAUCAAUGGGAAUGUGGCUCAAGCUCAAAAAACUCAAGAGGAAAACUCGCAGACCAAGCAGCCUGCUUUGAAAGAUGAAAUAGACCCUGAAGUUCUCCGAGAUAUUGAGGAGUUUGAAAUGAUGGCUCGCAAGGCUCUCCUGGAAGCUGGCUGGAUCAUCCGAGCCUAACACUGCCUCAGACACGAGACUACAACGUUCAAGUGAAACAUCUUGGCAUGUAUCCACACUGUGGAUUACUCACUGACGGCACUGUUAUUCAAGUUCAAAUGCAUUUAGGCAUCACUGUGAGGUUACCAUGAGUAAAUCUCUACUUUUCUCCGUUACAGUUUUGCCACCUGCAGGUCAGUACAGGCAUAAAACUGUUUCAAAUAGAAAACAACUUUCAGCAUUCAACUUUUUGGCACUGGCUGCGGUACCAGAACGUGGGCAAAAAGAGAUUUUUUUUCUCUCUCGUCAUUUACAAUGUAUCAGUUCCUCAUUUUUUUAAAGUCUUAAGGUGCCUUUCCAUAUGUGCGUCAACACUUGCACUAUGUGUUGUGUUUCCGUAGUCAAACGCAACACACUCUAGUGUUAUAUUAAUGGAGUGGAUUUGUGUCCGUGAAAGUGAAACGCAUGAAUGCAUCGCAUACACCACACACCUUAAAAACAUACACAAAUGGAAAGCUGCCUUGACUUUUUUACAAAUUUAAAUGCUCACUUGAAUGGCAGGUUUGGUUCAAAUAACUAGAAGUACAGCCAGCAUUCUUCUAAUGUAACACCUAAGCACUCAACCUCAUUGAUGUUGCAAAGAUUUCAAUUACAAAAAAUAGUUAAAAUACGACCAGGUGAUCUUCAGUGAUUUUUUUUUUAAUGAAAAGGAUUUUACUCAUAGUCAAUAUUCUAAGAAUCAUUUAUCUUAUCCGGAUGGGCUUUCAUAUGUAAGCAGACAGUUUAGAGUUAAAACGGGUAAAAGUGCCUGCAUUUUUAAUUUGGAUCGCAACAUUGCCGUUUAUUUGCAUGAGAUUUUGACGAUUCCGAAGUGUUUUGUAGGGAAAAAAAGGUGCUUUAGUCAUGUCCUGCGAUUGUAGAUCUAUGCACUUUGAAUAGGGAAUAACUUAAAAAGUGCAAAGGGGGUUGUUUGUAUACUUAUUCGUUAAAUGUAUGCGUCUGUUUUUAAAGAAAUGAUAUUUGUAUUGCUUUAUACUCAAAUGCUAAUAUUACCUAGCUGAGUGCCGAGUGAUAUAUUUUGUGUAAUCUCCUUUAAAUUGAAGUACAUUUAAGAGAACAUGCACCAAAAUUGCCAAGUCUGCAAGCUGUGCUAAUGUAUGCUUUAGUUUGUAAUUUAUAUUUUGCUGGGAGAUAAAGCCAAUUAAACCGAUAAAGCCUUUCUACCUAUUAGAUUAAAACAAAAUUGAUUUACAAACUUUA